AUGGGGAACACCGCGAGCGCCGACGACAAGCCCAAGCGCGUUACUUCCAAGGACCUUCAAUGCCAUACAUACGUCAAAACCUACAGAGAGGGCGAUGCGGAACUGCCUGAGGACCCCGACUUCCCGAAGCGCCUUCUAGAGCAGACGCGUUCAUAUGACUUCUCCAAUCAAGUUGGGAAUGGCCAUGGAACGUAUAUAUUCUAUCCGAACAAGGACAAGCCAAAGAUGUGGGUCGGGCAGUACAGGUGUCUGAACCCUGACGAUCUUCUGUGCAACCAAGGCUGCCCUCCGGAUGCUUCAACGGCAGCAGCACAGUGCGGCGAAGCCGCUGCUGAAUGUAUAGACCCAGUUGGCUGCGGCUUGAUGCAAUAUUGCAUGCCAAGCUACCAAGAAAAACCCUCCAGAACCACUGAACUUCCAGGAGGCACGGCCUAUGCCACGGCUUCAUCCACGAAUGAAGACCAAAUGCGUAUUGAGCAGGCGCAAGUCAACAACAUGGCACAACACGCGUAUGCAAUGGCAACAGGAAACGUAUAUGCGCACGCAAACUUUGACCAACGCCUUUCAUUUUACCAAAAUCUCCACCGAAGCAACCUGCCGUGCACGCCAGUUGUAUCGAGGACAUACCAGGGAACCGAACCUCCCCAGUAA